AUGUACCUCCUCGGACUCGUGCCAGGCUCAUUACUCAUCCUGGCCAUUGGACUCCUCACUUAUUUCACGCUCGCGCGCGGCCUCAUAGCGGGCUCCGACGCUUUAGGAACCAAGUCCUAUGCGGCCCUCGUCAACCGCACCCUGGGGGCGCGCGCGGAGGGGUGCCUCCAGCUCAGCGUCUUCGUCACGUGCUGGGUCAUGCAGGUCGUGUUCCUCGUGGUGAUUGGCGACAUCCUUAUCGGAGAACCCCCAGAAUUCCACGGCCUGAUCAGGGAGCUCACCGGCCUCGCCAGCGGCCCCGCGGCGUCGCGGCCGCUCGUGCUGGGCGUGCUGAGCCUGUGCGUGCUGCUGCCGCUCGGCAGCCUGCGGAGCAUGGAUGGUCUUGCGGCAGUCAACAUUGUCGGCGUCGGGUCAAACGGUGUCCUCGCCAUCCUGAUGGUCACCCUGGCCGCGGCGGCGCGCGCCAGCGGCGAGGCGCAGCCGCUGCCGCUGUGGCCGCACUGGAAAGGGCUGGUGGCGGCGCGCGGCGGGGCGCUGGGUGAGGCGGGGCGCGGGGGCUGA